AUGAGCUUCUCAGAGAGCACUAGAACUCAAUAUCUGUUUGAGUUAAAUGAAGCAAACUCUAUUGAACAGUCGGCUCAUCUGAAAGGAGGCAGCCAUGAGGAUUCCAUUAAUGAUAGUGUGAAAGCCAGAGAAGCGCUAAAAGACAACAAGAAACAGGAAUUUGUAAAUGAAGACCUAAUGGAUUUCGAAUCAACACUUGCAAUAAAUUCCCAGGAAUCUUGUUUUAAUAAAACAAGAAAUAAUAAUGUUGCGCAGGAGUUUGAUUUAAUAGCUAGAAAGGUUGAUAGCACAAUUCAAGAAUUAAAUAGAGUCUAUAAAGAAAUUGGAUACUCGUCACAAGAAAUCGCAGAUAAGAAGUCACAUAUAUUUGACGCCAUACAAGGAACAUUGGUAAGCUUUUCUGACAACCUACAGAGAGAGAAGAGCAAUAUAGAGAGCGAGUGUGAAUGGUUGAGGCAACAAAUAAAAAUAAUUUUAGCUAUGAUUAAUGACAAUAACGGUGAAAAAAAUCUCUCUUUAGUCAACCGUGGGAUUCUUUUUGAAAAUUCAAAAUGGUUUGAAAUGGGAUACAGCAAUGAAACAUUUGCGAAGGCAAAUAAUAUGAGUAGAAAGGAUAGUUUCUACGAUGAUUCCCCCUUCAAUAUAACAGCUACAGGGACAGAUAAUGAUUUAUCGUUCCAAAACAAUUUUGGUUCCAACGUCAACAGGAUUCCAGAAAUUACCCUUGCAAAGCUUAAAUACAAAUUGAAUUCAAUUUUUAUGGACGUUUUAAAGGAGUUUGUUGUUUCCUUCAAAAAAUUGAAUGAUCUAAAUUUGAUAUACUUAGAUAUCAGCGACACAAUUCGACCACUACCUUCAUCUAAUCAAAAUAGUUUGAUGACGUUAUUACCGGGCCGCGAAGAAGCAGAGUACCACAGGCAAAUUCUAGGUCAAUUUGACAUUGUUACAAGACAUUUAAAAAUCUCCUUUAAUGCUACUGCGUUUGACACAGAGAAAGAAGAAAGUGAUAAUUACGAAUUUAUAAUUUCUAGUCCCCAAAAGCCAAAUAAAGAAUCUGAGAAAAGACAGCUUGGUGACCUUGAUAACGAAAUGAGACACAGUACAGGAAAUGCCAUGAGUUACUUAAGAGACUUGAAUUAUGAACUUGUAAGGGUGAUACGAAGUCUAAAGGUCACGAAAAUCACCCCAGAAACUUUAAAAAGUAUUCAACGUGAAAUAAGUAUUUGUGAAGCAGAACUCAUCGUAAGGGAGGAGCUGAUGAUUGAAAAGAUAAAAACCUGCCUUGAACUAAUUGAGAUUUUACAUUUGAGUGAUGAUCAACUUGUAAAGAUGCAAAAGCAGUACAACAUCUUGAAAGCAAAAGAAGAUAACAUUGACGGUUAUAUUGACUUGGAAACAUUAAAGUUUAUGCAUAUAAAUCCACGACAUUUUGGUUUAAAUGAUGCUCAUAUAAGUGUCAUCAAUAAAUUUACUAGCGUUUUACAAAGUAUAAAAGAUUCGAAACAAAGGAAAUUGAAUAAUUACUCCGAAAAAUGUCAAGAUUUGUGGAAAAAGUUUCAUGAAGACCCUAAAUAUACCGAGAGCUUUAUUGAGGCAAACAAUAACUUAACAGAUUUAUCCUUGAUGAACUUCAAAAUGGAGCUUAACAGGCUUUAUAUAAAGCGAUCUGAAUAUAUCGAAAACUUCAUAACGGAUGCAAGAGUACAGAUAGAAAAAUUGUGGGACAGAAUGUACUACUCGACAGAAUUGAGAAAAAGGUUCAAGUACUUCAAUUAUGAUCUCAAUGAUGGUGAAGCAGAUAAAGAAGUUAUAUUGAAUGAACAUGAGGCUGAACUAUUAGCUUUGAAGGCUGAGUUCAAAUCAAAGACAAAAAUAUACACGUUAUAUGAUCUGUUAAACGAUUUAUUAAAAGAUCAAGUCUUUUUGCGAAACUCUUCAAAGGAUUCAUCAAGGCUUUUAAGUAAGAAUUCUUGUAAGAUAUUAUUGAAUGAAGAAAAGCUUAGAAAAAGAAUCGAGAAAAACAUGCCUAAAAUAAUAGAUACCUUGAAAGGAGAAAUCAUCAAGGAUGAUGAAAAGCGAAAAAUGGAAGGGCAACCGCCUCUUACCGUGUACGAUGAAAAUUUUUUAGAAAAGGUAGUAAAAAUUGAAACAGAAUCGUUAGGCAGCAGGAAUAAUAGAAGUUUUGGAAAUAAAAGCUUACAAGAUUCUCCAAAUAGAUCAAAAAACCCUACUGAGAAAUCAUCACCGAUUAAAGAAGCUGGAGUUUCACCCUCUACGAAAGGAGUUCAGAAUAACGCUUUAAGAAGAGGAAUGAAAAAUAAGAAUAUAAGAUCAUCUCCUCCAAAGCACUUCCUGGCUCUUAAGAAACCUUCCGUACCAAGGCAAAGGGCUUACAGGAAUCCAACCGCAAUUAAGCUUACAAACGCUUUGAAUACGAGUUUGGGAACAGAAUUCAUUGAAUCAACUAUCGAUAGCCCAGUCGUCAAAUCUCAAAAUAACUCAAACUUUGAAAGAUUUAAAACAAACCGACUUCAGCCAUUAAAUUCGCCCCUUGUGGCGAACCAAUUUGAUAUUCAUGGAGACAGUCCACUGAGCUAUAAUGCACAUGUUCAAAUGCCAUCUAGUCCUAAGGUGUUUCCAUUGCCAUUGGGAAUAAAUAAUGAUAAUGGGACUUCAAAUCUGUUUUCCUCAAUAAGAGAAAAGCAAAGUUCAAUUUCAGAGGAUCAAGAAAACGUGAGGUUUGAGUUGUCUCCAGUGCUGUUGAAAAAUUUCAAACUUCAUGAUAGACCGGAUUCCAGUGCCACAAGCGACAAACUUAGUAGCUUAACCUGUGACAGCUCAACAAUUGUGGGAGAUGACUAUCAAUUGUGGCGGCAAGAGAAGAUAAAAGAAUUAAAUGAUCCUUGA